AUGAGAAUGACGAGACGUCGCACUAAAAAGACAGAGAUCAGGAACGAUUCGGAUUCGGUUCGUAUAGACAUAGUGAUCGAGAUCGUGAAGAGAUUGCCUUUGAAAGAUGUAUCGAGGUUUCUCCUUGUGUCCAAGUUAUGGUCAGAAAUCAUCCGAAGUCCAUAUUUCAUCAGAUCGUUCCCGUUCUUGUUCUCGUCAAUUCAGCCACAUCUGCUCUAUGCUCUCAAUAGCUUAGAUAAAGAUAAAGGACACCACAAAUGCUGCGAUAUUCAUUACGUGAGUGGCUUGAUAUGCUUUGGAUAUGGUCAGCAACAACUUAUAACUAACCCUAGAACAGGUAAGUCCAUUUACUUACCCAAAGUGAAAUCAAGAAGCAAGAUCAUCCAAAGCUUUUUCGGAUACGAUCCAGUCUAUGGCCAAUAUAAAGUACUGUGCAUGUCGGAAAGAAUGAAUGAUUACUUGAAUGUUCCGUCUUCUGAACAUCAAGUGUUCACAUUAGGAGGAGUACAAAAAGUUGAACAAUCGUGGAGGAUGAUUGAAUGUAACAUUCAUCACCGUCCCAAAACUAACAGUGUGUGCAUGGAUGGGGUUUUGUAUUAUGGCGCUUUUACGGGCGGGGAUAUGUUGGAAUGGUGCUUAAUGAGAUUCGAUGUGAGGACCGAAAAGUUGGAUCUCGUUUCAAGAUUAAACGAGAGUAGCAUACAAUGUUACCGCCCGGGGCAUUCUCCAUCUUUGAUAAAAUACCAUGGGAAAGUAGCUUUAGCCUUUGAAACUUCACUUCAUACAUUUGAAUUGUGGGUUAUGGAAGAUGCUGAGAAAUGGUCGAAGAUACGUUUCUCUAUUUGUCAUUCUAUGCAUUUAUUUGGACAAGACGACGACGAUGCAUUUCUCAUUACAGGCAAUAUUCACACGGGUGAGAUUAUAUUCGCACCUUACGAUUGCGAUGUAAGAUUCGGUAUGACUCAUGUUGUCUAUUAUGAUCUCAAGACAAAUAGGCUUAGGUUUAGAACUGUUGCGUUUGAUUUAGGAACUCUUUUCCCUCAGAUUUCUGUAAUGGUACCUUUUUUCGAUUAUGUAGAGAGUGCUAUGCUUUUGUAA